CCCAAACCGACGACGGCCGAAGAAGAAGAAAGAAGAACAAGAAGAAGAGAUUUCUCUCAACGGCAAUGGCGAAAUCUUCCUUGGAACUCGAUUUCUUUCCGGUGGAGAAGGUCGACUCCGCCAAGCCUCAGACUCGCAAGCUAUUUGAUCGCAGGCGAAGUUUUCGCGAUAUUCAGAGUGUGAUUUCGAAGUUGAAUCCUGACCUCCUGAAGACUGUGAUAGCAUCUGGCUCGGCCGAUCAGAGCUCCGGUUUUUCGAAACCGUCGGAAAGUGCGAACUCGUCCCCGCCCAAGCACGAUGAGAAUCUGAAUAUGUUUGCCGCUUUGCCUGUCUACACUCCUACCUUCGGGAGCAUUGCUUAUGGUUCCGAAAGCGCCUCCGAAACUUCUCCUUUGACGAUUUUAUACAACGGAACCGUCGCCGUAUUCGAUGUCCCCCCGCACAAGGCAGAGAAUAUCUUGAAGUUUGCUGAGGGAGGACUCUCCAAAACUGUUCAAUUGGCUGAUCCAAAACUCGAAAUGUCUUCGGAGAGUCUUAGUGGAGAUCUACCAAUCGCGCGUAGAAAGUCUCUGCAGAGGUUUCUGGAGAAGCGCAAACAAAGGCUAGCUCUAGCAUGCCCUUAUGGCGUUUUGGAGCACACCAUGACCAAAGCGUAGAGAAAUUAAGGAAGGUGGAGUCUGGACCAUCUUGGUCACUAUUGGAAGGCUGGUUUGACUGAUUAUUUUGGCGCUACACUAGUAGUAUAUUUGUGGUUCACUCAGACCAUUGUUGGGUUGGAAAUGAAUGGAACAUGUCCCAGCACCAGCAGGGACCAACUGUAGACUUGGAAGGAGUCUUUGGCAAUUGGCAUUAACCACAGCCACUCCUUCCUUGCCAUUUCCUAUGACCGUAGCCUUAACCAUAUGAAACUGGCUUUGCUUGACCAUUUAUAUUUAUGUAAAUUUAUUGUUUGCUUGAUUA